AGUAUCGCCUCGGCGGACAGUUGCGGCUGCCUUGUGGCUCAGAUAUUUUUCAUUUUCUGGAUUUAUACAUCACAGAUAAAUUCCGGGAUGCCUUCAAAUCAAAAUGUCCAAGGAGGGAAAGCCUUUGGACUGUUAAAGGAGCAGCAAAGGCUAAAAUUGGAAGAGAUAAACAAGGAAUACCUGGAAGACCAGAAAUACAGGGAUGAAGAAGACCUGGCUGAAAAAUUGGAAAGUCUCAAAAAUAAAUAUGCUGAGUUUGACUUGAACGACCAAGGAGAGAUUGAUAUGAUGGGUCUGAAGCGGAUGAUGGAGAAGCUGGGGGUCCCCAAGACCCACUUGGAAUUGAAAAAAAUGAUCGUCGAGGUGACGGGCGGCAGCAGCAACACUAUCAACUACAGGGACUUUGUCAAGAUGAUGCUGGGCAAGCGCUCAGCUGUGCUCAAACUAGUCUUGAUCUUUGAAGACAAAGCCAAUGGCUCUCCCUGCAAGCCAGAGGGACCCCCUCCAAAGCGGGACAUUGCAAGCCUGCCUUAAGUGUAGAUGUCAGCCUCCGGACUGCUAGGAGAGCAGAGGGACCAUCAAUGGUUGCCUGGAAUUGAACCGUUUUUAGAACGUGGAGUGUCGUAUUAGUGUGGGACCAGUGAUCGAGGAUGUUAUUUUGUGAAUAUACAGUGUGUGCAAGGUGUCUGUUAUUUGGAAGACUGAGACCACAACUCACUAAAUGAUGUUUGACUGUGAAUAUUAUUAUUCAUCCUUUUUCCUUAAUUAAAAUGUAGCAUUGAUAGUUGUACAUGUAAUCUGCUUGAUAAAUUAAAUUUUUGUAGUAAGUGUUUCAUGGUUAUAUUUUAAGGGAAGACUCAAAAUUCUCCAGAGGUUGAUUUGUUUUUACCCCCUUCCUUGUUUCUUUGUUUCAUUUUGUGGAUGCAUUCGUUUUAACAAUGUGAGACUAGGAUCCUUUUGGAGAAGCACGAAGAAAAGAAGCAGUUCUUCCAACACAUUUUUGCACUGUCCUCAGUGGUCUUGCAUGGAUUUCUGCCAGGCUAAUCUUUGUCAGCGUCUUGCUUUAGAUCAGGUGCCAAGAGAUUACAGGGCCAGCCCAUUUCUUCUGGGUCAAAGUUAUUGGCCCUUGGAGCCGAAAUACUGAUCUGGAAUCAGUAGCUAGGUUAACCUGGCCACCUCUUGGAGAAAAAAAAAACAUUUUUGUAGAUGUGUAUUAAAUAUUUAGUGGAGAAAAGAGUAAGAGAUCAUGUUGACCAUGGGACUUUCGGCUUCAGUAUGUGGCUUGAAGAACAGCAAAUUUAACUCACUUUUAGAUCUGUAGGGUUAAGCACAUGUUAAAUUUGGAAGGAGUGUGAUUUACAAGCACACGAGCAGAACAAAUGUACAUAAUAUACUACACACAGUACAAUCAUAUUCUUUCCAAGUGCCUCAACAUGCAGAUACUGUAGAGCUUAAACACACAGAUUGAAAAAGGAGGGAGUGCACACAGGCGUUCAGUUCAAGCAGUCUUCUUAGCUUACUAAUUCCAGAAAACCAUGAAAUAAUGUUCUUUGGUAUUUGGUAAGACAGUUUAAAUAUCUGUUGAAUUAUAUUGCUAUGGUGUUUCAUUUCCACAAUAUUCUGAGUGAGUGAAGUACACAAGUGAUGGAUUUUUGUGUAGUUUCUCUGUUCUUUCCUUUUUCUUAUUAUUUUUUAUGUCACUGCAUCAUUUAACCUGUUUAUCGGGUGAUUUAACUAUUUAGGUUAUCCUCUACUUGUCUUGCAAUUCAUAAAUGUGUGAUUCAUUUCUCUUUGUUAUGAAUUCAUCUUUCUCCCCCAGAUUUUUUUUUUUCAUCAGCCAGCCAUCUCUCUCUCUGUUGGACUGGGUUCAUUGUCCUGUGAAUUCUGUAAUUUGUGCCUCAGUGUUUGUCUCUCCAAUUUAAAAUUUUCCUGUAACUCACACCAUUUACUGUGAAUUUGCUACUUGUAGUAGUUUUAACACACAUUUUAAACUAUUUUGUUAUUGGGUUUUCCUUCUAAUAGGUAUAUUACAUCUUUUAGUGUUGUUAAAAUGCACAUUGUUUGCAGACACCAAAGGAAUUAAAAUUCUUACACUGGCCUGUUAAGUUUUGAAUUGUUAUUGCAGUAAUGGAGAUCACUGUUAAACUGUAGUAACAUUUUGUGACAGGUCGUAAACACAUUUCCAUUGUUCCAUGUUUAUAACAGGAGAUAACAUAAUACAUUGAGAGACAGAUUAGAUACAGUAAUGUUAUUUACUGCAGCGCUUUGACUCAUACAUUGAAAAGUGAGUUUGGCUAUCAAUCAAGCGAGGGAGUCUUUUAAUCCACGUGUUGUAAAAGAUCACAUUGCAACACAUUCGCCUUUCACUACUGAUAAACACAGGGGUAAAACCUUCACAUUAUCAAUUUUGCAGGUCAGCAAAUCUGACUCAGUUUUGCAUGAUCGUCCAUUUUUUUCACAUAUUAAGAUAAACUGUGUGAGAAUCUUUGGCUGUAACAAUUAGAUGAGCAUUUUCAUUCCAUAUUUGUUUUCUCUUGUCAUUAAAUUUUCAUGUCACAUAAUGUGCGUGCAGCUGUAUACCUACAUACUCUUGAGCAAUAAAAUUUUUUUCAUGAAAAAC